AUGGAUAGGAAAGCAAGAUACAUGAGGGAGACAUGCAAUGAAUUAGGACGCGCUGCCGAAAGCGAGCUGCAUUCUCUUGCGCAAGGCAGAGGUCUCGUAUUAGAAGAUGAUGAUGGGCAGUCAAGAGAUACCAUUUCGUCAAUGCCCACGCAAUCAGCUAACACAUACAUGACACCCGAAAUGACAGGAUUCGAGGCGGUGUCGACUAUAGACGGCUUCAGUGGCGGCUCAAUGAUCUUUCCGGGUGCUGUCGUGGGGAUGAAUGAUAUCUUUGAUGCCCCUCUUCUACAUCAGCUCAGCCAUCCACUAUACGAUGCAGCAGUAGCUCAACCCAGCCUAUUCCGAGCUUCUGGGCAAACCUGA